GUGCUGGAGCUGCCCGACCCGGUGCUGCCCCAGCUGCCGGCGCUGCUGGGCCCAGACGUCACCGCCGCCGGGCUGCUGGUGGUGGGCAACAAGGUGGACCUGCUGCCCGCCGACUCCUCCGGGCACUUGGGGCGGCUAAGGCAGCGGCUGGUGACAGCGUGUGGUGAGGCCGGCCUGCGCGAAGCCCCGCUGGUGGACGUCCGCCUGGUGAGUGCCAAGACGGGCUUCGGCCUAGAGGGGCUGGUCAGCCGCCUGCAGCGCUCCUGGAAGUGUGCCGGAGACGUCUACCUGCUAGGCGCCACCAACUCCGGCAAGUCGACGCUUUUCAACAUCUUGUUGUGCUCCGACUACUGCAAGUCCCGUGCCCCUGACAUCGUCAACAGGGCCACCGUCUCCCCCUGGCCAGGGACAACACUGAACCUAUUGAAAUUUCCAAUUAUUAAUCCUACAUGUGACAGGAUAUUUCGAAGGCAGGAGAGACUGAAAGAGGAGGCAACAAAAACAGAAGAUCAGCUAAGCAGUGAAGAAAAAAAGUACCUUAAUCAACUUAAAAAGCAAGGUUACUUAGUAGGAAGAGUUGGAAGAACAUUUCACCAGCAGAAGGCUAGACCUGUGGUUGACUUUGACCCUAACAUGCUCUCAUACAGCAUAGAUGAAGAGCCCAGACAUUCCCCUAGGAAGCGUGAGGAAAGGGAGGAGUUCACAUACAACGAAGUGAAGGAUGCUCGCUGGUGUUUUGACACUCCAGGGAUUGUAAAGGAAAACUGUGUUUUAAAUCUCCUGACAGAUAAAGAAGUAAAGCUGGUUUUGCCAACACGUGCCAUCAUUCCACGGACCUUCAUUCUCAAGCCAGGAAUGGUUUUGUUUUUAGCAGCCUUGGGACGUGUAGACUACUUAGAGGGAGAAAAGUCUGCCUGGUUUUCUGUCAUGGCUUCUAACCUGUUGCCAGUCCACAUUUCUACCCUGAAUAAUGCAGAUGCCGUCUAUGAGAAACAUGCUGGCCAAGAAUUACUAAAGGUUCCCAUGGGUGGCAAAGAGCGAAUGAAAGAGUUCCCUCCACUUGUCCCUCAGGACAUUACACUGAAAGGAAUUGGUACCACUGAGGCAGUUGCAGAUAUCAAGCUUUCCUCUGCAGGCUGGGUGGCAGUGACGGCUCAUGCAGAAGAGAAAUUGCUGCUCCGAGCCUAUACUCCUGAGGGCACUGCGUUGGUGGUGCGGGAGCCUCCCCUUUUGCCGUACAUCAGUACCAUCAGAGGGUCCCGGAUCGCAGGCACUGUUGCCUAUAGGACCAAAAAGCCUCCCUCCGUGGUGGAAAACCUGAAAACCACAGGGAAAAGAUAGCACUUCUCAUCAUUUGAGCAAGGUAGAAGACAGAACAGCCUGUGGAGAACCUUAUUGCUUAUUGGUAUUCAGGGGAUAUUGGACUCCUUUUUAAAGGCAGACAGGCACAUUUUUGAAAGCAGGCCUGGGGAGGAACUCCACAAGUCCACACCUGAUCCAGCUGCUGAACUGCAGCCAUUUUGAAUGAGCUGGGUGGCUGGUACCUUGCUGUGAGAGGUGAAACAGCUUCUCCCUGGGACCUGCCAGUAUCUCUGAGCAAAUCCCUUUACCUGUUUCCUCUUGAAAUAUAGAAUGAAAACUCACCUGCCUGCCCUGGGCUGGAUUUGCUACUCAUAGAGUAGGUCUUCUUUUGCAGACACGCUCCCACAGGUCAGAAAUCAUCACCUUAUUCUUGGAGGCUUUAUGGUGUUUCCAAGGUGGAAGGAAGUAGUGGAGGGAGUGGGGGGGAGCAAGGAAUGCUCCAGUGUGGUAUGACCUUCCUAGUGGCUGAUAAGAAUUCAACAUCGACCAAAAAUCAGGUCCUUUCAGUCCUUCAACAUCUGGAGCAGACAAGGGGGUGCAACAUGUUGCUUUUGGACACAGGGAAGGUGAAUUCAUGAAAAGCAGGUCUGCUCGUAUGCUUGAAGAGGAAACUUGCAGCUCACUGCUUUGAUUUGGUUUGUAGCUUGUGUAAAGGUUUCUGAGAGUGAGGAUGUAGAAUAAAACUUUGCAAAG